AUGUCCGACCUGGAACGACAAUACUCGGGAGAGAAGAGCAUCGCCCAAACCAAGGUGCAUGACGACCAUGAGAAUGAGGAUCCCGAGUACGCCGAGUACCUCGUCUUGGCGGAGGAGUAUACUGGCGACAAGAUGAAGCGGCUCACACGUGCCAUCGACUUCCGGGUUGUCCCCCAGCUGAUUUUUAUCUACAUGUUGUCCUACAUUGAUCGUGCCAAUGUCGGUAAUGCCCGUCUGUUCGGUGCCCAAACCGAUACUGGUCUGAGCGAUACCGACUGGAACAUCGGUCUCUCCCUCUUGUUCAUCACCUUCGCCUGCUUCGGUCUCCCCUCCAACCUUCUAGUGAAGCGUUUUGGCCCAAAGAUAGUGCUUCCCACGCUCCUGAUGUGCGUAGGUGGUAUCCUCAUCGGUGCGGGUUGCUGCAACAACCGUGCUUCUUGGUUUGCUCUUCGAAUCCUCCUCGGAGCCUUCGAAGCUGGGAUGUACCCCGGGUGUACUUACACAUUGACCACCUGGUACACGCCGAGUCAGAUUCACUCAAGGACCUCGAUCUACUACUUGGGCGGUGUCUUGUCUGGCGCCUUCUCCGGCAUCCUUGCCUAUGGCAUCGGCAGGCUCGAUUACACCUGGGGCUUCCGCGGCUGGCGUUUCAUCUAUGUCAUCGAAGGUCUCAUCACCUUCGUCGUCGGUCUCAUCGCCAUCUUCACUCUCCAGGAUACCCCCGCCAAAACCAAGGGCUGGUUGUCCGAGACCGACAAGCGGUUCUUGCACCUUCGUAACAAGUUCAUGUACGGAGGUGGUUCUGCCAAGGGCAAGGAUGGGUUCCGAUGGACUGACGUUCUCCAGGCUAUCAAGUCUGUUCACACCUGGAUCCUGUGCCUUAUUGCCAUCUGCAACACCAUGGCUCUCUACGGUUUCUCGUUGUCGCUCCCGACGAUCGUCAAGAACAUGGGCUUCACAGCUGCGGACGCCCAGGGACUCAGUGCGCCACCAUACGUGUUCGCUUCCAUCUGCGUGGUAGCGUCUGGUUUUUUCUCCGACAAGUAUCGUCUCCGCGCUGCCACCAUCAUCGUUCCUUCAUUCUUUGCCUUUGUCGGUAUCCUGACCUGCUACCUGACUGUUCACCUGCCCAACCUGGUCGCCUUGUCGUACAUCGCCACUUGUGUUGCCGCUGGCGGUCUUUACUGUCUCACUCCCGCCCUCACCGUCUGGAUCGGUCUCAACAGCGCCGGCCAGACCAAGCGUGCCGCUGCCAUCUCGAUUGUCUUCUUUGCUGCCGCCAUCGGUGGUGUCCCAGGAAGUUACAUCUACAUCGCCAAGGAAGCUCCCCGCUACCCCACCGGCUUUGGUACCUCCCUCGCGGUCCUCGGCUUCGGUAAUCUCAUCGUCCCGGCCUUCUACUGGUGGUUCUGCGGCAGGCAGAACAGCAAGCGCGAGGCGAUGUCUAAGGAGCAGAUCCUCGCCAACCACUCGCAGGACGAGCUGGCAGCGCUGGGGGACUUGUCGCCUUUGUACAGGUACGAGAGGUAA